AUGAGCACCCUUCAAGUCUUACCCCCCUCCGCCGGCUACGGCAUAGUAAUCGGCAUAGGCAUACUAUUCGCCUUGUUCAUGCUUAGCCUAACGUGGCUCCAAAAUCGAUACACGUCAUUCUCUACGCACCAGGCCGAGGAAUUCAACACCGCCUCCCGCUCCGUGAAGCCAGGCCUCAUCAGCGCCGGAAUCGUGUCAUCCUGGACCUGGUCAGCGACCCUCCUUACAAGUUCCACCUUUGCCUACGAGUACGGUGUCUGUGGUCCAAUGUGGUAUGCCGCGACAGGGACAUUGCAGAUCUUGCUCUUCGGCUUGAUUGCGAUAAAGAUCAAGUCGAAUGCGCCGGGCGCUCAUACAAUGCCGGAAAUCGUGCUCGCGAGGCAUGGAAAGUGGGCUCAUAUUACAUACUUGUACUAUGGGCUCGCUACCAACAUGCUCGUUGGCGCUUGCUUGGUGCUCGGUGGUGCACAGGUCCUUGGUGCGUUGACGGGUAUGAAUGUUUAUGCUGCCAGCUUUUUGAUACCGGCCGUUGUGGCGGUUUAUGUUAUCGCGGGUGGCUUGCGGUCGACCUUCAUUGCGGACUAUACCCAUACUGUUAUUCUUUUCAUUGCAAUCUUGGUCUUUGGAUUUUUAGUCACUGCAACCAGUGAUUUGGUGGGAAGUCCGGGGAAGCUCUAUGAGUUGUUGGUUGCAGCUUCGGAGAAAAUGCCCAUUGACCGCAACACGGGCGGUUCGUAUCUCGCAUUUCGAUCUGUGGGUGGGCUUAUCUUUGCAUGCGAUCUGUUUGUUGCCGGGUUCACGACUGUCUGGUUGGAUCAGGCUUAUUGGCAACGAGCCAUUGCUUCCAAGCCGGAGACUUCCGUGAAGGCUUACAUCCUCGGGGGCAUUGCUUGGUACGGAAUCCCCUUCGGUUUCGCUACAAUCAUGGGAUUAGGCUGCGCAGCACUGACCGGAGACCCGCGUUUCCCAACGUACCCAAACCCUCUCACGGCUGAACAAGUCGGAGCUGGCCUGUCUGCACCCGCAACAGCGAUUGCCCUUCUUGGUAAGGGUGGAGCGGUGCUCAUUCUCGUUCUGCUCUUCAUGGCUGUUACGAGCUCUACAUCGGCAGAGUUGAUUGCCGUCUCCUCGCUACUCACCUUCGAUGUGUACAAAACCUACUACCGCCCUGACACAGACUCCCAGACUCUUGUGAAAGUCAGCCACUGGGGCAUCGCGCUCUACGCUCUAGUCCUGGCCGUAUUCUGCUGCAUCCUCAACGCAGCGGGAAUCAGCCUGACGUGGGUUUUGACCGUAUUGGGCGUGAUUGUUGGUGGUGCAGCGCUUCCAGUGGGUAUGAUUCUCCUCUGGGAGCCAAUGUCGACAGUUGCGGCGAUCUGCGCGCCGUGGAUUGGGUUCAUCUGCGGAGUGACGGUGUGGUUUGUCACGGCGUAUAAGCGAUCUGGGACGAUUGAUGUCUCAAGUACAGGCGAUACGACCAAUGCGCUUGCAGGAAACUUGGCCUCAUUCGGCACUGGGCUUUUUAUGGCCUUUGUGUUGAGUUAUGCAUUUCCGAAGAAAUGCCAGCCCCCUCCAACUGCCAUUGCUGGGGUUGUGGUCAUUGAAUCAUCACCAGACAUCCUGCACGAUGAAGCCGACAAGGCUGGGACUGAAAAGUCGACUUUACCCCUGGCUGAUGAAAGUCCAGCGCCAAGGAAUGAAUUAAUUGAUUAUCUCGAGUCCAAUGAGGUCGAGCCGAUGGACCCGGUCCUCGCCAAGAAGGGAGCGCGAAUCGCUUGGGUUGCAAAUGGAAUAUUUUUCUUUGGUGCGGUAGUAUUGGUUCCGUUCACUUUGUUUGGCAGCGAGUAUAUUUAUAGUCGGCCAUUUUUCACAGGCUGGGUUGUUGUGGCAUUCAUCUGGAUCUGGAUCAGUGUUUUAAUUUGUGUGGUGUGGCCAGUGAUGGAGAGUCUGGGGGCGUUGCGGGGCAUAUCUACCGGCGUGUGGGUAGAUUUGCGGUCGCUAGCUGGAAGUGCAAGCAAAAGGAGAAGUGAGACAGUCUGA